UAAACCAUCCACAGAGACCAUAACCGUCCAUUAUGAUAGCAAUUAAUGGUCCUAAAAUCAAAUUAGGCUCGCUAUGCUUUUGGGAGAGGCAUCCCAGAAUUUGAUACAGGCCUUUGACUACUUUUCUGUGUCUUUUUAAAACACAAGACUGAAAUGGUAAUGUACCACAGGAAGCCAUUAGCCUGCCUCGAUUUAUAUUUUUAUCCUCGUAACAGCCUUUAAACGCUAUGCAGAUUUCAUGCAUAAAUGUAGUGGCAUCUUUUGCAUCUAUGUAAAUCACAUUUCACUUUAUUAAAGUAUUGAUUGGUUGUUUAAGCUAAAUAAUGUUAUAAAUAAAAUUAAAAAAAAACGUGGAAACAAAAAAUACAUAAUUUGCAGAAAUCAAAUGCAAUAACUAUCAUAUUGUGUGCAUAACUAUUAGUAUUGUAUACCUUCAACAUUUGUUGUUGUUUCCAGUCUCGAUGGAUAAACUGUGAUGGAAAGACCUGCGUCUUUGAAGAAGCAAGAAGAGAACAUGAUGUAUCAGAGCUUUGAGAACACAGUGUUCAGAGGAGAAGCAGAUGAUGAAGAUCUCCGGCUGCUGCUGAUCGGUAAAACCGGAUCCGGGAAAAGCACCACAGGAAACCUCAUCUUUAAUGAUCGGGUGUUUGAGUCAGAAAAGAGCUCUUCAUCAGUGACCAGAGUCUGUAAAUCACACACUGGAUCUGUUCAUAACAGGAGCGUGACAGUGAUCGAUACUCCAGACUUCAGAUUCUCCACUCACACUGACUUUGAUUCAGACUCGGAGCUGAAGAGAGCUCUUGAAUUAUGUUCAGCAGGAGCUCAUGUCAUCCUGCUCUUUCUGCCUUUAAGCACUUUCACUGAGCAGGAGAUGGAGUUCAUCAGCUGGUUUGAGCAGAAGUUUGGAGCAGAAGCUCUCAGAUUUACUCUAGUGCUCUUCACUCACGCAGAUCAGAGACACAUGAGAUCACUAGGAGAGAUGAUCAGAAUAAAUCCUCAGUUAUCUGCUUUUAUUGAGCGAUGCGGUCAGAGAUAUCAUGAGUUUAACAUUAAAGCUCCAGCAAACAGACGGCAGGUGACUGAACUCAUGGAGAAGAUCGACAGACUGGUGUCUGAGAACAGAAACUCCUGUUACACACUAGAGGUGAUGCUGGAGACGGAGAGGAGAAGAGAGGAGGAGAAGAGAGCAGAGGAGGAGAGGAGAGAGAGAGAACAUCAGAUGAUGUUAGACACAGUCAGAGAAGAGACUGAGAUGCGUGUGAGGAGAGAAAUUGAUGAGGAGAAAGCUGGGAAGAGGGAGAAAGAUCUGUUCUUUAAGCAGAUAAAGCUGAAAUAUUUGUGUGUAUUUAUGGUUUUUGCUGUAGUGUCAGGAGGUGUUCUGGUGUGGAGGAAAGACUCUUCACAUGGAUGGAUGUUCACUAAGGGUUUCUUUACUGGAGGAUCAGCAUCAACUGCAGGAGUUUUUACAGGGGUUUUCUGGAGAUUGUUGUGUAAGAGUCAGUUGAUCCGUUCAUCUUCUCACGAGCGUCCCAACACUGUUAGACAGUUACUGCUGAAAGCAGCAGGUGUUGUGUGUGGUUUAUCAGCUGGAGCUGUGAUUGGUCACUUUCUAGGAGGAAAUGAACUUCCUGUUACAGCGCUAGCAGGAUUAGCAGGAGCUGCUGGAGCUUUUACUGCAAUACAGUGAAGCUGCUUUACAGAUGAAAUAACUGAGUUCAGUAUACUGUCAAAUGAAUAACAUUAAUAUAAAUUACUCAUUCAUUUCUGUCACGAACACAAUUCAGAAUUGAGAUUUCUGCUGAUUCGCUUAGUUUAGUGUCUGAUAUAUUCUGUAAAUAUCAUGUUACCAAAACUGUGGUUUCAAGAGCAGUAAAGAUACCAUUUUCAUAGAUUCUCAGAUAAUUACAGAGUGGAACUAAAUCAAUAAUUAAAUAAUAAAAUGCAUAUAUUUACAACAUAUAUUUGUAAUCUACUACAUUUUUUCACAAUCGAUCAAAAUGAGCGAGUAUUGUUUUCAUGUCAUAUUUACUUGUGAAUGUCCGCUGAAUGUCCAAUGUAGUGUGAUUAACAAAGUAACUGAAUGCAGAAGACCGAAUGUGCUAAUAUAAAACCAACUUUACCCAAGUGCUCGAAUGUACAUGUACACAUACAAGAUUAUUUCAAAAUACAUGAUAGUUUGGUGAAUAUCAUCGAAAACACGUUUAUGUCUCACGUAAACAUUUCGGAGGUGGAUGGAUUUAAACAUUACUGCGACCGCAUUUACCAGCUGCUUUCUGUCUUCAUUGUUAAUCCAUAAAAAACAGAAAAUCA